UCAAAACAACGGAUCGCACAACAAUGAGCAGGUAUCGUCCGAAGCCUGUUCUUGUGGAUGAGUCCGUUCCCCGCCCCUCUGGUAAGAACGGUGUCACUUUUCUUCAUGAGGCUAACAAUCCCCUCCAGGCUCCAGCCAAACUCCCCCCUAAUCCUCUCCAGUCCAUUCAUUUCCCCGCUGGUCUUUGAGAACAACGCCAGCGAUGCACGAGACCACUGCGCAAACGAGCGAAGUGCUUCCUCCUCCCCCCUCCUCCCCAGCUCUUCAACACUGACUACCGACUGCCUAACUAACCAAAUAACAACACGAACAAGACUUCUUAUCAUGGCUACGCCUUUCAAUGUACCUCUGCGUCGUCAGCAUUGCAAUCGUGAUAUCCUUCCACUUCAAGAAUGAGCCCAGCGAGCUGGAAAAGAGACUCUCCCUUCCGCUCGGGAUAUGCUUUUGGGUCCUAAGUCUUGCGUGUUUGCUUGCUGGGUUCGCGAAUUAUCUCAAGACGUUUGCAUCCCCUUGUGCCGGCAUCUCCUGAGUAACUAAUACGAGGGGCCGAGGCAGAAUCGAGAUGUACUCAAAGAAAGCUGCAUUAGUGCAGUCAGGGCCGAAGACGCAGUCUGUGAGUUCUACUUACCCAUCUAUACUGAGAACGCCUUCGCUAGUCGGUAUUUUACGUGUCCGGCGGGUACAGUCGUUAUGGGGGGACAAGUGAAAAGCAGGAGCUGGUGGAAAGAUGGAUUACUUCUGCUGCGGGAAAGUGAGAGUAACUAGUUGAUAUUUGUAGCUACGGAUCUCUGCUUUCAUUUGCUCCUCUUUUCCACUUGCCCCCCCCCCCCCCGGCUACGACUUUGGUGAUGACACGCGCAAGGUAUUGGCUGGCGAAAACGUUCUUAGCAAUGAUGCCUAAUUAUCAGACGUUCUCCGUUAUAUGUCAGCUUGGGACUGACUGGAGGGUAGGUUAUGGUGAUAGUGGCAGUGGCGGUUGUUGCGGCAUGGUGAGUUUUAUCCUAACUAACUAGUGCCCUAGUGCGUAUUAAUGGGCUCUGAUUGCUGAUAGAGGGUUUUGUUGAUGAUCGUAGUGUGCUGUUCUUGUCAAUUCAUGCAAAGCCGAAGCCGGAUACGCAAUUGUGAUGCCAACGCUGCGACAAGCGGUGGGGAAUAGCUUGUUCGUGGUGUUUUUUGGGGGGGGGCUGGGCUGAAGAAAUCAGUAUGCAGUAGCGGUAUGUUCACGAUGCACGUUUUCUCGCUCGAUAUCCCUAUUUUCGCGAGUCGAUUUUGAAGAGGGUAGGCGUGCCCCGGAGUUUAUGCCGGAUUGUAAAUAGGGUAUGGAGCGAGGGAUGGAGUCAUCUGCCAGUAUUCAAUUCUAUGAUUCUAAAUAUUUUGAUAU